UGUCAAUCACUGUGCCUCCUGACCUUGCGCAGAUGGUUGUAAUCCAUGUUUACGGAAGAGUUUGGAUGAAUAAAGCUUUCCGUCUCUGAUUGACAUAUUGUAAAAGGGGUUGACUUCUUAUCGGCAUCAUGUGGGACCAUGAGAUUAGAGCCAUGGCGUCCUCGCAUGCGAUUGUCGCCUCCUCGGUGUUUAUGGCCACUGUAUUACCUGCGGUGCUUGUGCAGGGGUUUUCGGUAUAUGGCACGCACCUGCUAUGGCUGUACUCAGUGGCCGGUGCUGUGGCUGUGGUCAACAUCGCCGUCUUCUGGCUGCUUGGAAUCAGCCAACCCACCAAGAAACACACAUUGACUUACAAGAUGUCUAGAUUGGUGCGCUCCUGUCUCUAUUGCCUUCUCUCCUGUCUGUUCUUCCACACUGUGGUGGUCCUGUAUGGAGCACCCAUCCUGGAGUCUGCCUUAGAGACAUUCUCUCUGGCAGUGUUGCUGACCACUCUAACCACGCUGAGAUGUCUGUGUGUCCUUGGCCCCAACAUCCAAGCCUGGAUACGAGUAUUCAGCAGACAUGGGGCUAUGUCUGUGUGGGACACUUCUCUUCAGAUUACAGUGGCCUGUACUGUGGUCGGAGCAUGGCUAGGAGCUUUCCCCAUACCCCUGGACUGGGACAGACCAUGGCAGGUGUGGCCAGUUUCCUGCAGUCUCGGUGCUGUGAUUGGUUUUCUGACUGGUCUGGUUGCUGCCCCCAGCUGGAUACACUGGCAUCGCAAACACCUUACGUACAAGAGCAAGUGAUGGAAAAGUGUGUGUGUGGUUCGAGUGUGACUGGAGGGUUUUGAUACAGCCUAAAGCCUGCUGUUAUAGGGUAUGCAUUUAGUGUACCACAACAUUACUUUAACUUAACAAAAUAUGUACUAUACCGGUGUUUUCAGUUCUUCUGCAUUAUGAUAAAUGUGAUUUUAUAAUGAAAUACAAUAAAAAGAGUUUUGAAAGGUCAGUUAAUUACACAACUAAAGUAUUUGUUUCAUUUGGUGUAUGGUGAAUCCUGUCAGGCUUGUUUUAAGACGGAGAAGAAGGUUACUUUUCUGCAAGGAGCCCUUGUUCUACUGUGGUACUGUGGGGUCGAGA